ACUGUAGCGGCAGAGAUGAUCAGCACCGCUGGAUAUGAACGUGUGGCUAAGCUUGGUUAAGCACGGCGACAACAAUACUGUCGUGAAAUGAUUUAAAUGUAGCUUAAAGCAGGGAAGAUGGGGAAAUGACAGGAUUUCUACAUCCUUUCUCAGCGCUCACCACCUCAUCUUCUUGUCAUUGAGGAAGGUAUCUGCGCGUCGUCGUCAGGAACCGUCCGGGAGAUGGACGGGGGGACUGCGGAAACCGGGAAUGACGGGAGGACGAGUGAGGAGGCGGGCGCCGACCUCUGUUUACAGCUUGACCUGAGGACUACAGAUUCAGCCAGGAGAGCUCAGAUAACGGAGAUGCCGUCCCCAUUCGGCCCAGGCCAUGAGAAAAAGAUCGGCCACAGGAGGGUUGAUGCCUCCGGAGAGACAACAUACAAGAAGACCACCUCCUCUGCCUUGCAAGGGGCCAUCCAGCUGGGCAUUGGAUAUACUGUUGGCAACCUCAGCUCCAAGCCUGAGAGAGAUGUGCUGAUGCAGGACUUUUAUGUUGUGGAAAGCAUCUUCUUCCCCAGUGAAGGCAGUAACCUCACUCCAGCCCACCACUACCCAGACUUCAGGUUUAAAACCUACGCCCCUGUGGCCUUCAGGUACUUCAGAGAGCUGUUUGGGAUCCGACCAGAUGACUACCUGUAUUCUCUGUGUAACGAGCCGCUGAUUGAGCUGACAAACCCAGGAGCUAGUGGCUCCAUAUUCUACGUAACCCGCGAUGAUGAGUUCAUCGUUAAAACUGUUAUGCACAAAGAGGCCGAGUUUCUACAGAAACUUCUUCCUGGAUACUACAUGAACCUGAACCAGAACCCUCGGACUUUGCUGCCAAAGUUUUUUGGCCUCUACUGCGUCCAGUGUGGGGGCAAGAACAUCAGAGUUGUUGUGAUGAACAAUAUUUUACCGCGCUCUGUACGCAUGCACCUCAAGUUUGAUCUGAAGGGGUCCACGUACAAGAGGAGAGCAUCCAAGAAGGAGGAGAAAUCAAAACCCACUUUUAAAGACCUGGACUUUUUGAAUGACAUUCCUGAGGGCCUCAAUCUGGACCAAGACACGUACAGCGCUCUGGUCAAAACACUUCAGAGAGACUGCCUGGUUCUGGAGAGUUUUAAGAUUAUGGACUACAGUUUGCUGCUGGGGGUCCACAACAAGAGCCAAGCAGAGCGAGACCAGCAGUCUCAGGGCUCACCUGCAGGAGGCGGGGAUGAAACCAAGCGUGCAGCUCAGAGAGCUUUAUAUUCCACUGCCAUGGAGUCCAUACAGGGAGGCUCCACAUGCAGAGACACCCUGGACCAUGAUGACACUAUGGGCGGAAUUCCAGCUGUGGGCGCUAAAGGAGAGCACCUCCUGCUGUUCAUUGGAAUCAUUGACAUUCUGCAGUCCUACAGACUGAUCAAGAAGCUGGAGCACUCUUGGAAGUCCCUCAUUCAUGACGGGGACACAGUGUCAGUUCACAGACCUGGUUUCUACGCUGAGAGAUUCUUCAAAUUCUGCAGCACCAUCGUCUUCAAGAAGAGCUGCUCACUGCGAUCUUCUCCAUCUAAGAGAGGACGAGGGCCUCUCAUGUCCAAGUCCAGUGCUGGAACGGGUUCAAUUGGAAAGCGUCCCUCAGUAAGUGAUGACCAGCAGGAAAACCAGGACAACUUGGAUAACUUACGAGGAGCUCGAAGCUUUCCCAUGCUGGAGGACAACGGAAAAGAGCCACCCUGCACUCCUCCUUCUUUUGAAGAUGCCACCACAGCUUCUAUUGCAACCACCCUCUCCUCUAACAACUCCUUACCCACAACCCCCUUCGAUACACCUGAGCACCCGCGCUACAGGAGACAGAUGCAUUCCCCAAGUGUGGCAAGGUCACAGAAAGUUGAUGGGGAGAAGCAGGACACCAUAACAGUUCAGGUUGAGCUCAGUAAAAUCCCAAAGAGCACAGAGCUCACACAGCUGACAGAAGAAACCUCCCCCAGCCACUUGUCACCUGAUCGUAUCAUUCCUUCAUCCCUCCCUCCCUCUACCAGUCCAACCUCCACACAUUCCUCCGCCACUCUUCCUCCUUCCUUCAUGUCUUCCUCCUCUACCUCCCAAUCAGUCGGCCAAACCUCCGCCACACUUUCCUCAUCCAUCCGUCCCUCAACCAAACCCCUUACCUCUCCAACAGCCGAUCAGUCUUCCACUCUCUCUUCUCCAGCUGCAAAAUCCAUGUUUCUUGCCCCUGUCCCAAACACCUCCACAGUCCCUCCUGCCUCAGCGUUCACUCCAAUCUGCCCCGCAUCUCCUAACUCCUCCACCCAGAGCUCACCUCACCACCUCCCCUCCUCUAUUCCUGCAAGCCCCCAGAGGCCUCAGCGGGCGUCGCGUCCAUCAUGCAAUCAGCUGUCUUUGUCAAGCAGCCACAACUCACUGGAUGGGGAGGUGCCGGUGUCCGACAUCUACUUUUAUGCAGAUGGCAGAUAUUGGGUGUACUCUCCAGUUCUUGGCCGCCGUAAGCUAAACUCUAGCUCAAGCUCCAAUCAGAAUCAGGAGGACCGAGGCUGGGUGUACUCUCCUCUGCACUGCAGCUCAGAGUCCAGAAGAGACUCAGAAGGGGAGAGCGAUACAUAACUCAAAGCGGAGUCAGCAGUGAUGGGUGGAGCCAGAUGCCGUCUCCAUACACAGAAGCUGGUUGCCAAAACUUCAUGUGGAGUUUUGCAGAGGCUAAAGGCAAACAUACACUAAAUUAAAUUAAAAAAAAAAAAAAAAAGACGCACUGAGUCUGCGAGCAAAAAAAUAUGCAAAAUAAAACCUCAAGGCAUGGAGUCCUGGACAAUCUGACUGACAUUAAUACAAGAAGUAAACAGAGAUCACAUGGUACAAACAGCUGGAGGGCACUGUGAACAACUUAGGUUGCUGCUGUAAUUUGAGGGCCAUGCUGCACUGUGCCAGCUCUGGCUAUGCAAUACCAACAUACAAAAACUCCAAUCAUGCAUUUAUUUUUCACUAAGGGCGUGGCAAAGUUGUAUAUACUUUAAUUUAUAGCACUUUAUACAUGUGGAGUCUGCAGUCAUUUUUCUCUUUUGUGAUCAGCUGUUGUUUGAUGACACUCAAAACAGUUAAUGUGUGUUAUUGUGUGUGCUGUGUAUGAACCGUGGUGGUCUGUCAGUGGUGGUCCACAGAAGAUCUUACUUCAAGUUGACAAUGAAUGGUUGUAUUCAAAUUGCCUUAUUGACUAACACAUUUUCAUACCUGUUUUUGAUAUCUUAAUCACAUGAAAUCAUGAAAAAGAAUAUUGUCAUUAAAUACCAAAUCUUUUCAA